UGGCUAGCUGUGACCUCGGGGGACUGCAGCAGGCUCACAUUUUGCGUCAAGCUCAUUCAGGCCCCCCACCCCGAAGCAGGCUGUCACCCGCGACCCGAUGGCUGCCUCUCCCUGGAUGGCCGCCCUCCUCCUGGUCGCCUCCGCCGUGGCCCAGCCUGUCUGUUCAGGAAUAUUCAAACGGCGUGACUACUCUAGAUGGCCGGAGCCCCCCUGUGAAAUGUACUACCCGUGGGGUCCUCGGCGUGACUCCAUCUGUCCUGAUGUCACAGCACAUGUGUGUGCCACCAACGGCGAGACUUACAAGAAUGAGUGUUUCUUUUGUCUUGAUCACUGGGAAUUUGGUCCUUACGUUCAAUUUUAUAAAUAUGGAAAAUGUAAGUAGUGGGGAGCAGAGUGCUCUCCUUGCUUACUCUUUCCACGACCUGACUCUGGAAAUUCUUUCUUCUGGAAUGUGAGGGUUUGUAAUAAAUAACACACCUGUACGCUGCACCCAGAUUCAGAACAAAAUUGGAAACAAAUGAAAGAAAACUAAUGGAGAACGGAGUAUCCCACUUCUUAGAAAUAAACGCAAUAAAGAAAGAAGAGAAAAAUAUUCAUCUUUGGGUACCGAUGGCUCCAAAUCUGCUUUCAUUUUGCUUAGGUCUA